UAGUAAAUUGCAUCUCGGGGUUGCCUGGAAAGUGAAAAGAUCACAGUCGGAGAAGUAAAGAGCCAUGAGAUGGAGGUUUUAGCAAAGGGCACAGAGAAAUUAUGUGCGAUGAAACCUUAGAAAAUUAGGUGAAGAUGGAGGAUUCAAUCGCCUUAUAGUCCUUAAUUCUCUGGGUUGGUGUUUGAUUCCUCUCUUUGCCUUAGUGUUUAGGGUUUCAGUGAUGUUCUCAAGAUUUCUGGAAAAACUAGAAAGGAUUGCUCAAUUCAAUAUCUUCUCCAUUGCUCAUCAAAACCACAUUUCAAGGUCGAAGCUUUGUCAUGUUUAUAGUGCAGUGAGAUGUUUUCAGAGUGGUAGAUUUGUCUGUGGGGAUAAAUCUUCUUUACGACAUUGGUCUCAGUCACCUACACGGGUUUUCGGGAAUCGGGUUUCGAGAGCUAUGAAGAAUGAAGCUCAAAAAGCUCUCUUUGAUUACUUGCAUUAUACUAGAACACUUAGUUUUGUUGAUGCAGAGCAUAUUGGUAAGAAUUCACCUCGUUUUGUUUUGGCUUUAUUGUCCAAGAUUGAUGAUACUCGAAAGGAGGAUAUAUCCCAGCGUUGACUAAGUUUCUAAGUUACAAUUGUUGUAAACGAACUAGUGACUCAGAGAACAAAUGUGUAACUUGUGUGUUAUUCUCAUAGACGAUAGAGAUCUUAAAUAGAUCAAGUUACAAAGAUAACAAGAAUGCAACAGACUGCUAAAUAAACGGAACUGAAAUGCUAGUCUAUCUCCUAAUACUUAGGGAUGUUAUUUGAAAGACAAAACAAAG